UGAGGAGCGCAGUGAGCGCUGCUCGCGUGCGUGGCGACACGGCCAGGUGAGGUCAGGUGGCAGCCACAACAGUUGUUACUCAGACAAUACUCAUCUGAAAACAUGACAUGGGUUAUCGACUCCCUACACGGGUCUCCCUUCUCCCUUGGACCUCGGGAUCGUGUAGCAGAUACCUUGGAUGCUUCCAUACAGGUCGAUCUGGCCGCUGACGUGAUCACGUAUGACUCCGACGACGAGGGCGACACACCGACGAGGAUGUCAGGGCGGCGACGCGGCGCAGGCGGCGCUGCCGGUGACGCCAGCGGCGUGGGCGUGGCCCGCAAUAAGCGAGGCACGCCCAUGUACUCUCGCGAGGACAUACGAGAACAGUACUGCAUCAACGACAAGGAGCUUCACGCACUCGAGUCCACCAGGAGGAAACCCAUCUUCGGUUGUCUGACGUCCAGCAACACACAGCAGCCUUCCCCAUGCAAGAAGAAGAGUUUGUUACCCGCCUGCUUGCGUGGGCGUGUGCCCUCAGACGAGAACGUUUACAUUAAGAGUCAGUCCGCCCACACUUCGCCUGCCCACCGCCGGGGACAGACAGAAGAUAUAGACUACGAGGACGAGAACUACUUCAAGAGACGACCUCAGACCAUCUGCUACACCGACCCCAGGAGACUGGCCUCCCUAGACGACUCCCUCGCCAGGAGUGGCCGAGUUCCCCGCCCGAGAUCUGAGGUCCCGAACGCCGCUUACGACACAUUCCCUUCAGACGACGCGACCGUGGACGCAACGCGACGCCCCACGCAGCUAGCCAUCAGUUCGAGCGAGUACCACUCCACGGAGAUCUUCCCCGAGGACUCCAGCAGAGAAGGGUACACGUUACGAAGGACAGCGUACACGCAGCCCAACACACCGGACCUGAGCCACUCCACUCGCUUCAGACAGAUUACUACUCCUGAGGUCUUCCUUGACGACCGACCUCAGAAACAUGUCAGCUUCCAGAAAGCCAUGAGCCGGUCAGCGACGGUCGGUGGACUGGAAGAACACGGCAGCCUCGCCCAGGACGACAACGGGAGAGGAAGUACUAAGUCAGCAGGGUCGAGGAGUCAUGAAAGAUUACUCGACGGUCGUAGAUCACCUGACUAUCUAGAGCAGAGAGCCCUGGACCAGCUCCUGGCCCCAGUCCUUACGAAAGCUCUACUUCAGGAACCAGGAAACAAGAAGCAAGGCAAGCACCCUCGAGAUGGCUCGAAGAGGUCAGGGGGUCAAGAGGUCGACUCUGAGGCAGGGUCACGGUCCAGGUCAAGAACACCUUCCCUCAGGAGAAAGAAGAUAGAAAAGAGAACGAUAAGUGUUCAGACUGAUGAGGUCUUGGGAUGCAAAGAUCAUUGGGAAGGGGAAAAGCAGGAAGGACUUGGGAGGGGCCAGCAGGGCAAAGCUAGUUUGAACAGCAGAGAAGACAGCGAGCCUGCUGACAAAAGAGGCGCGAAGCGUCAAAUAAAAGGCAAGAAAAAAGUGACUGCUAUUGUUGAACUAGCAAAUCCAACCAAAAAGGAGACUGUACACUUCAAUGACCAGCAGAACGAGACUAUCCAUGUUAGUUAUUUGGACAAUCAAGAUAAGCCCACCAGAGGUAAAAAGAAAUCUGUUGGUUCUCAUGGUGACAUAUCUCAGGCAGGCAAAACUGAUGCUAACUAUGGUGAACAUCUAUCGGAAGGAAUACAAAAAUCAGCGUCGCAAGUUAGUAAAAUUUCCAUGGGAAUGCAGACCGAUUCGAUGGGGCCUUUGCUAUUUAAUAAUCCGAUUUUCUUAACAGAAGAUUUAGAUACAAGCACAGACUGGCAAGGAGAGGAGAGUUCCAUAGACUGGCAGACUAGCGCUAGUUCCUUGGCGUGGCAUACGGACAUGAGCUCCUUUAACUGGCAGACUGAUGCUAGUUCCUACACGAGACACCUCGACGCCACCUCUCUCUCACUGAAGGAUGACAUCAGUUCCUUCGUUCCUGACUCACGGGAGGUAACAGACGAAGAGGAUGUUCUUAAUAUGAACGCAAAUUUAAUAAGAGUAAGGAGAAACAAACAGAACCCAGUUGUCCUGGCGAAGGAGAACGUUAUUUGGGAUGGAGGAGGCAAGGUAAGCUGUCCAGGGGUUGGUCAAAUAUCAGAAUGCAACGAGAAUCAAGAAUUCGACAUAAAGAAGAAAAAAGAAGGAAAAACAAAUGAGGUAGAAAACGAUCAAGGCAGUGAGGAAUGUAAGGACACGACUGAAGAUAAACCAAAAAACACACACAACGAUUCUGAAAGAAGCGAAAAAGAAAACAGUCAAGAAAGUGGCGAUCGCUCUGAAGAUCAAGGGGCAGACGCAAUGGUUAGACGACUUCGCUUUCGGCGACAAAUGGCUGAAGAAUUCUUGCUACAUAACACAGCAAGCAAGAAGCCUAAGGAGGAGCACGGAGACCCAGGUACCUCUCUCAGCGGUAAGGAUCUGCAGUGUUCUGGGACUCCCGUUACUGGCAACUUUUCGUCAACCUUUCCCAGGAAAUCAGAGAGAGAAAUAAAAUCCAGUGUGGCUCUGGCAGUAUCUCAUGAAAACCUCGAGAACUGGCAGGGCAAAGUUCCUCUGGAAACCUGCAGGACUUGGCCCAAACUAUCAGUUGAUUCUGAAAGAUCUGAUGACAUUGAUUUACGAGCUUUUAAUAAGAUUUAUGCUUCUCGUGUAGGUGGCCACAAGAAAGCAACUAAUCCAAGCUUGCCACACAAGACCAGUCAUAUAGAAAUCAAUCUCCUUUAUAAUCCUGACCAGAGAAACGAGCGAAAAUGCGUGAAAAUUAGCAAUAGUCAAACUAUCAUAAAUUUUGUGCAGCCAGAAAAAUGCCUUUUAGGCAAGGGAAGUGUUACCGAGCAAAAACUGUCAAAUUUCUUCAGUAAACCCGUCCCUGCUGACCAGGAGAGUAAAGGCACUCAAAAAGUAAGGAAAAAUAAAUCAGAAACCAUGAGUUUAGACAGAAAAGUAAAAAGAUCUCAACCAGUCGAAAUUUCGGAUGAAUACCCAAGAAGUGACAAUGAUUUGAGGACUCUGGCUACCGGAGCUCCAAAGAAAAUUCUCAAAACAAGUGUAACAAAAAACCAACAAAGAAAAAAGAAAACUAGCCAGAAGGAUUUAAGUGAGCAAAAUGUUCCUAAUAAACCUAGCAAGAAUCAGGAGAAUCAUAAAAACAAGGAAGGAAUGAUAGAACAAAGUAAAUCUAAAGAAAAGGAAAGGUUAACGAAGCCAACAAACAGGGAAUGGAAUCUUUUGUGUUACACCACGGACACGAGUUCCACCUUGACGAAUACAGACUCCAUUGGGAGGCGAGUUAAGAGGGUGAAGAAGAAAACGCUCGCUAUACAGACAGAAGGAGAUAGUAACGUUAUUUCAGAACAAAAGGAAGAACCGGAAGAAUCUCCUAACAGAGCAAAGGAGGUGGAGGAGGAGGCAGCAAAAACGAAAAAGUUACCCUUUCUAGAGAACGAAAUGACUAAGGAAAAUGAAUCUUCCAAAGAAAAUGAAUCUUCCACACCAGCAGUAACGUCACUACGGCGAAAGAAAAGUGUGAAAAGAAAAACAAGAUGUGUUCAAACCACCCCGUCUCUGGACGAACAGGAGAACAUUACCCUUCCAGUUGUCCAGAAUGAACCGGAGAACAGUGCCCUUCCAGUCGUCCAGAUUAUUGGAGAUGUGGAGAAUACCAAACUGUUGAAUAAAACUAAGUUCGCUCCUCAACUAAGAGAACAGGAAGUUCAUAAGAAUUCCGACACACUGCAAGUCUUAAAGAAGAACCCAAUAAAUAAAGAGAGGAAUCAGACAAAUAGUAAUGCUGCGCCUGACAACACUUCUAUAAACACUAACACAAGCUCUUUACGGCGAAUGAGAAAGGUAAAAAAGACCACGGCAACAACACAGACUGAAGAACAUUUCAAGUCUCCCAUCCAAGACAAUUUCCUUCAAGAUAUCCAGCCUGAUUCAAUUUCUAUCCGCACCAGCUCUCUCCGGCGCAUCAGGAAGACGGAGAAGAGGACUAUCGGGUUACAAACGGAUGAGGUAAUUCCAGUAUAUCCCCACAACUUGGACUUUACAAUAGCAGAGUUGACGGGCAACAGAUGGAAGGAUGGUCCCGUGACGGCGUUCCUCUGCUUACCCCAGAAAUCGGACUCUCUCAUUUAUGUUAACAUUCCGGCGGCAUUGUUGGAAGUAGGAGAAUCUGGUAACGAUGCGGAUGUUAGUGAAGCUGAGAGUGAUGACGGCAAGAGCACGAGAAAACCAGGCAAGACAGUCGUCACUAUAAAGACUCACACGAAGGUGGACAACGAUGAAGGAGAGGACAAGGAGAGUGGCAAAGCAAGUGCCAAGACUCCUCAGUUGGAGAGCAGAUUUGAGAAUCUUGUCGGUGGGAAUAAGUUAAACAUAUCACUGCUUAAUGUAAAUUAUGACAUGGAACGUGACAUUGAGAUACAAGGGUCAGAUGGUGAGAGUGAUGAAAGUGGCAGGGGCAGGGCCCCAGAUGGUGAGAGUGAUGACGAUAGUGACACAGGUGGGGCCCCAGAUGGUGCCAGCGGAGAUGGUGACACAGGUGCGGCCUCAGAUGGUGAAGACGCUCGUGUUAGAGAUGAAAGUGAUCAGGAGGCUGAUUCAGGUGCUCUGGAAGUUGAAGGCUAUCAGUAUUAUUAUCCAGGUGCUCCGGAUGGGGAAAGUGACCACGCUGAUGGUACCGGCACUUUAGAAGAUGAAAGUGAUCAGGAGACUACUGCUAUAGGAGCCCCGGAUGGUGAAAGUGACCGUGAACAUGAUCACAGAAGCAUUCUAGUUCGUGUACAUUCUGAUAAUGAACUAGACAAUCCAGAUGUCAACAGUGAAUGCACUCGAGAAGGGAGAGCAGAUACUAGUCAUACCUCGGUGCACAGGAAUGGUCUUACCGCCACACCAGUGGAAACUGCAACUGAGACUACUGAAGAUGAUGACAGUGACGAUGUUGGAGAUAUUUACGUGGUUGACCAUCAUCAAAGAGAAGCAGAAUGCUCGGCUGAAAGUGACGGUCCGCUAGAUAAGGGUAACCGACGAAUCAGUAUGAGCGUGUGGUUACAGAGUGAGUCAAGUGAGAGAGAGGAUGGCAAUAAUCACAGCCUUGACAUGAGGGUCUGGUUAGCAGACACAAACUUGGACCAAGAAAAUGAAGAUGAACUGAAAGAUGACGAUCUGCAACACCAAGGAGGGCUCAAGAUCCAUCAGGAAGUCUCCUCAGAAAAUGAACCAGAGAUUGCAGAGAUCGAAAAUAUACAAAUGAACGAACUACCUUUACAACAAGGUAGAAUAACAGAAAUGAUGUAUUCACAAACUACUGACCAAGUAAAUGUUGACAGUGAGAGGGAAAAGGUUGCGGAGGUCGACGAGGAAUAUCCAGAGUUUACAGAAAUCGUAAGACAAGACAGCGAGAAUGAGGAGAAGAUGGAAAAGAGAGAAAAUAGCAACAAUCCGAGUACGCCGUCCUCACACACCUCUGCAGCACAAGUAACCAUUGCUGAUGAAAAGAUGCAUGUUUUUUUGCAGGAAAAUGCUGAGGAUGAUAAUCUUGAAGUAAAUGGUGGAGUCCAUGAGAAAGAAUCAAACGAAUCACAAACGGAAGAGCAACACAACAGAAACAACACAGCAAAAAACACUCCUGUUAGUGUGCGUGAACCGAAGCCACAGAGUAAUAUAUCGACAGACGUUGAUGCUGAGAAUAAGCAGAAGACAGAAACUAAUCCUGUAAGGGAGAAAAGAACAUUCGUUAAAAAGACGAAAUUCAGGGAGAAAAGAACACAUUAUGAUAGAGCGUCAUAUGUUGAAAGUUGCCAAGAUAAUGACCUGGACGUGUAUGAUGGCUCUUGUGGAGAUGUUGACCAACAGCAAGAUACAUUUUGUAAAGAAAGCCUUAAAGAAUCUUUCACCAGUGAGGAAGAGGCACCUCCAGGUAAUCUUGUUAAAGAGCUAGACCACAAAAACCAGCAAGGUGCUCCAGAUGCUCUUAAAGAGCAAGUUCAGGACGAUCAACCAGCUAUUCAAGAGGAUCCUGUUAUAGAAACAGACACUGACGAUCAAGCAGCAGCAUCAAAAACUCUUGUUGAGGAAUCAGACCUCGAAAACAGAUCUCUCGUUCCAGAGGCACUUAAUGAAACAGACAAAAAAGACCAAUCACUUACUCUAGAGACUCUUAAAGAACCAGACCACGAAGAUCAACCAGUUCUUCCAGAGGUUUCUGUUACAGAUACAGACCUUGAAGAGCAACCAACUGCUUCAACGACUUGUCUUGAAGAAAUAGAUCAUGAACACAAGGCAGCUGUUCUAAAGACACUUAUGAAAAUAGACCAAGAAGAUCGACAGUCUGCUUUAGAAACAUAUAAAGGACCAGACCACCAAGACCAAGCGACCACACUAGGGACACUUAAAGAAUUAGACCAACGAGAUCAACCAACUGUUCCAGAGGCACUUGAGGGACCAGAUCACCAAGACCAACCAGCAGCUACAGAGGCUUCACAGAAGCCAGACCACGAAGACCAACCAGCAGCUACAGAGGCUUCACAGAAGCCAGACCACGAAGACCAACCAGCAGCUACAGAGGCUUCACAGAAGCCAGACCACGAAGACCAACCAGCAGCUACUGAAUCACUUAAGGAACCAGACCACCAAGACCAACCAGCAGCUACACAGCCCUAUGUGAAAAAAACAGAUUACAAAGGCCAGCUCACUAUUCCAAAGGUUCUUGUUACAGAACCAGACUGUAAAGAACAGCAGGAGGGUUCAGAGGCUCUUAAGGAAACUGACCACACAGACCAACUAGCUCCUCCAGUGGCUCCUGCUAAUAAGCCUCACCAUGAGGACCAACUGACCACUCCAAAUGCCCUUAAGAAACAAGAUCAAAAAGACCAACCAGCUGCUCCAAAGGUUCUUAAGAAACCAGAUUCUGAAGACCAACCAGCUACUCCAGAGGUUCUUGUUGAGAAAAACCUCGAAGACGAACAAGCUGUUACAAAUGUAUUUGUUUCAGAGCCAUCUCACGAAGAUCAAGCAGUGUCACUAGAGGUUCUCCCUAAGAAACUUAACCACAAAGACCAAUCAGCCGCUCUAGAAGCUCUAACUAUGGAACCAGAUCAUGUAGACCUGCCAGCCACUCAAAAAGCUCUUACUAAACCAGACCGUAAAGACCAACCAUCCGCUCUAGAAGCUCUUAAAAAGGAACCAGAUUACAAAAACCAGCCAGCUACUUCAGACGUUCUUAAGGAGCCCAAUCACGAAGACAUAACAGUUGUACAAGGGGCUUUUGAUAAGGAACCAGACCACAAAGACCAACCAUCUGCUCUUGAGGCUCUUAAGAAACCAGCCCACGAAGACCAGCCAGCCACUCCAGAAGAUUUUGCAGACCAUGAAGACCAACCAGCUGCUCUAAAGGCUCUUUCUAUGGAAGCCGAACAUGAACAACUAUCUGCUUCAGAUGCUCUUUUUGAGGAUUUAAACAUCAAAGACGAACCUACUGCCACAAAUAUUGCUAUUGAUGAGGAAGAUCCCAAGAAAGAAACCAAGCUAUUUAAAGAUAAACCAAAGAAAACAACGAAUCUUUUGACAGAUGAACAUGAAAGGAAAGAAGUUCCACAUGUAAAUGAAGGUAAAUUAAACAAAAAGGGGGAUACAGCAUUAAAUUACCCAGAAUGUGUGGUUCAUCUCGCUGAGAAACGAGAAGACUCUCACAAUAGUAGUGAAACUACUAAGAAUGUCUCGAUGAGUGCUUUUGAACAAAGAAUGAGUGGCAAUCAGUCACCCGAGGUUCCAUGGGCGGGUAUGCUUGACAAAAGAAUGAGCAACGAACUGAAGGCUGACAUGAAGUCCUUUGAGUCUGGCCAUACCUUCAGUGAGGAGGAUGAAGACGGCAUCGUUAUAAACUACAUAAAAGUCGGUCAAGGAAAAGAGGAGAGCAUCUGUGGGUCAGAUUUGGUGGGUGCUGGUGAGGUCGAAGAGGUUAUAGAAGAACCCAAGGGUACUUUACAGGAAGAAAAGGAAUCCAUGGAUGUGUCUCGGACUAGCAGCCAACAAAUCACAACUCAGCAUGAGUUUAUAGAACUUCAGAAGGAAUCGGUAAACAAAGAAGGGAUUAAGAAUAAGCUGGGAAGACCAUGCAAACCAUGGCAAAGAAAGAUAAUUGAAGGGAAGAAUGUUGACAAAAGAGAUGCUAAACAUUUGCAACGAAAUAUUUCUAAUAUAUAUAAAACAAAGGCGCCCAAAGAAAUAGGGAGAGAGACACAAGGAUCGCCAGAUGACCAGGAAAUGAUAGAACAGGUGCAACACAGAACAGGUGAGACUGGAGGCGCUAUACCAAGAGAGAAGAAAAAGAAACGAAGACCAAGACAAAGGAAACAUAAAAGCAAGAAAGGCGGACUGGAGGAAGGAGAUGAACUAAAGGGCAGUGGUGUGUUGAAGAAAGAAGCUGACACAAGCAGUGGCCAGAGACAGAGUGUGUUCGAUCAAGGUAUCACUGCAGGAAAUAUAAAUGGAAAGGGAGAGAUGAAGGGGGUAGAAUUACAAGGGAUUACUGACAUUACCAAAGUAAAAGAAAUAACGGGUGAUGGAAGGAGAACAAAUGAAAUGGAUAAUUUGAAAAGCAUUGAACAGAGAGACGGAACAGAAGAAAUUAGCAAAAAGCCAAAACAUAAACAAUGGGCAGAUGAAGUAGAGGAAGACUAUGCCAAGGAAUGGAGCCCUCUCACAUCUGAUGUGCUGAUUGAUCUCUCCGCCUCAGCAGAUAAGAGCAGUAUUCAUAAUGCUGCUGAAACUGGAAAUUACCUUCAAAACACAGGAGUCAGAGAAGGAAAUCAGAAAGAUUUAUUGGCCGAAUUUGAGGCAUUAACGGAAGAGGAAACCUCUUUUUAUGAGGAUUCUAGUUAUAAUGAGGACUCGAGUCGCUACGAGGAUAGUGAGGACGCGGGAGAGGGCGGAGGGGAACAGAACGCUUACGAAGAAUACAUGAUGAUCCGUGAAGGAGACUGCCAGGAGGAGAUGAAAGCUGUAGACCUCAUCUUCAAAGACGUAUUCAAGGAUUACAACUACGAGGAGUUCCUUACUGAUAACGACAUCUCAGAAAGCGAGUAUGACGAGCACUUUCAGGGCGAUAGAGGCGGACAGGAGGAGCCUGAAGACCCGUGCCGCCAUGUAUUCCACUGUGUAUCUGGGAACACCACUCUGCUUGGGGACUCCCAACCCACCUUCCCUGGACGAGAUUAUCACCUUUCCCAGGAUGAUACUAAAUUAGAAUGUGAGAGAGCGGCAGGAUGUAAAAGAUCAAAAGAGUUGGAAACUACCGUUCAAGACACCUCACAGCAGUCUUUCGAGAUGGAAGAAAAAUUGAAGCGAUCAUGCAUGAGGACGCAGGCUACUCAGACGGACACCGGGGUGGUGAGGAAGUCCAUGCCUCACCUCUCUUUCAGUCCAGCCAUUGACAAGGCUGAAAUGAUCUCUCAGGGAGCUCAGACCAACGGUGAUGGUGGACGCCGCAAGCUGGUGAAGAGCCUAUCUGAAGUAGCUCGCUACGAGGGCCUCCAGUACGAGAUCUACGACUUGGAUGACCUAAUUCAAUCUCCACAGCCCACCAGAGCCAGGUCUGAGGGACCCCCGCCAUGUCCUCCAAUAUUCUCUGCUUUUGAUAUACCCUUAGACGAAGGACCGCCACCCCCUCCACUUAAAUUCCGACAAAAUUACCACGAGAUCUUUAUUGAUUCUUCCCCACGAAAGCCACGUCGAGGCCUACUGCAGAAGACGCUCUCGGAGGGCGAGAUUUUGUCAGAGAGACGAAAAGCCCUGAGUCUAGCCUCGGGCUACAUCGAGGUUGAUAUCAAUGGCUACAGUGACAACGAGGAAGAGGUAAUUGAGCCUCAGUGUGUUAACGAGGUCGCUCGUGAUCUCUCUCGAAGUAGGAUAUUUACUCCCGAGUCCUUUAUAGAGGAGGAGGAAGAAUUUCACGAAAAUAUGUUUCAUAAAGAAAUUCUUCCCUCUAUUUUAUCUAGUGAGAGAAAAUUGUCUCAAAUAUCAACAGAUUCAGAUUUGAAAACGUUUGAUCCGAAUGAAUUCAGGACAGACGAACACUUGCAGAGCCAACUCGCAGCCUUAUCACUAGAUUCCCUAGCCGAAAGUGGGCCAUCUUUGCUGGAAAGUGGGUCAUAUGCAGAGGGCCUCUGCGCUAGAGAUGGGUCACCAAUGUUUUACGUCGGAACUCCUAGCGAGGCCACAGGAGUUGGAGAGUUUGGUGACCAUCUCGAAGAGUCGAUGAGUGAGAGUCAGGUAACAGUGGUGCAGCGGGCGUUAGUCGCGUCUUCUCAGGCCAUUACGUCAGACUCGGAAAAUGGCAGUUUUCAUCUAACGGACCAUUCCUCAGCCGCCACCACUCCCUCAACGCGUCAUAAAAGCCUCCCCACUGCCGGCAGUUUCGAGGAGGAUCUUGACGAUGACCUACUUCCGCGUCUACGGGUAUCGAGUUUUGUUCACAGCGCUACCACACUCUCUUCCAUUGAGGAUGAGCAGACAAGUGUCAGUGAAAUUGUCAUUUCUGAUAGUUGGCAAGGUGCAACCACUAGUACUUCCAGUGAGCUUGACAAAGCCAUAGCUUGUACGACAGAUAAUGACUACAGUUCCAUACGAAGUGGGGAAUCUUUAACAAUAAAGUCUGAAAUUGUGGAAGAAGAAGAAUUUGAGGGUGAUAUUGUAAUAGAAGAAAAUAUAAUGACGAAACUGGUCCAAGAAAUGAAGGACGGUGAGUCGGCAUCGCAAACACCAAUCAAAAUUUCCGAUUUCCGGGACGACGCUAGAAGAAUGGCAUCACCGGAGUCGGACUCGUCCAGUAGUCUCUUCACGGAGCAGGAAACGUCCAGGAGUCCGGUGUCGGGAACCACCAACACGAUGACGUCCAAAUCUGACCUUUCUCGCACCGACUCCCACCCAACUGACCAAUCAGAGACCUCAGAAGAUUACAUCACAGCUACAGAGAACAGCACAAAUGAUCUAGAAGCCCGUCGAAGUUAUUCUUUAGAAGAAAGGCACGUUUCGUCUCCUCCGGGUAUGGCUAAUAUUUAUGAAGAUGAAGCCUUGACUCCCAAGAUAAUGAGUCCUGAAACCAGUGAGGUGGUGGCCAGCUUACAGGAACAUCACGAUCUGAGUGAUAUCACAGAAGGUCUUAGCGUUGUCAGUGACUUCGAGACUGCUCAAGACCUCACCUCCCCAGAUGGAGACACCACAACCUCAGCUAGUUAUUACAUUGAUCAUUCUAUAGGCGAAGAAUUUGAUAAGGUAACUGAAGCCAAGACCAAGCCCGAGAUCCCACCCAAACCUACCUUCUUACCUAAGCCGGAAGCGCCAUCUAAGCCAGAUAAGGUCUCCCCUUCAAGUUCUCCAAUGCCUUUGGAUUCUCGGGAAGGUGAAGAAAUUCAUCCCCGAGACCUCCAAGUGGAGACGCCGGUGAAAAGAAGAGAAAAACCUGUCGAAGAAAGCAAGACGGGGGCGAUCAAGAAGCGAUAUUCUGCCGGAGGGAAAGUUGCAAAGGAUGACAACAGAAGGUAUUCAAGGUACUUCGAGGAUAAUGACAAAGGUGAACUAUCCGAAGUUCGUGCUCAGAGCCAGCAGUCAUGGUCUGAAGAAGAAAGAGAAAAGACAAAACAAGCUUUAAAAUUAGACUUUCCUCCAGGCGUCACAAUGUUCGGGGAAGCCCCAGGCUGGACAGAGCAAGAUAACCUAAAAACUGAUGCAGAAAAGAAAUUUAAAGUCUUUGAUAAGCCUAAAAAAUCAGUAAAAAUUGAUCUGGCAAGUGUCGAAGACCUUCAGGCAUUACAUUCCAAAAAUGGGAGUCCUGACGAGAACGAAAAGGAAGCUCCUUCGGUUGAAACUCGGCCUGUGAAAGGUAAACAUGAGAAAGUCAAGCGUAAGUCUGAAGAGAUUACGACGCCAGGGAUGGUCAGGAGUCCUGCUAUGCAUGAAGGCUUCAGACUCGAGGAUUGGACUCCCGUUCGAACCCCCGUGACUCCGGAAAGAGUUAUAGACGUAGAUACAUCUGACGAGUCCUAUUCUGAGACACCUAGAUAUCCUCCAAAGGGCCGAAGCCCAGGCAGAAGAUCAAAGGAAAGCCCGGGUAAGAAGGGUGAGAGUCCCAGGAUUUCCACGGAGGGCUCUUUAAAGCAAUCGAGUGAAGGACAGAGUCCUAAAAAGUUCGUAGGAAAGCCAAGAGGAAGUCCGAAACGUGCAAAUGGACGUAAGGAAAGUCCAGAGAAGGAACAGAGUCCUAGACGGUCAGGAAUUCAGCAGUCUAGUCCCGUGAAUGACUCAGCCACCACUAAAGUAGAAAAAUCAGUCAGUCAUCCAGUCGAGAUCCAUCAACUUCAAAGCCCGGUCAAGCUCCAAACUGCCGGAAGUGACCUGAUAAAAAGAAUGAGUGAAAUACCUGUCGGUUCCUCUCGUGAAACUCCCGAGGUAGUGAAGCGACUCUCAGCUGACUUAACCAUGGGGCGGAGAAGCAGCCAGGACCUCCUGAAACCUUCAGGCCUCGUCACCGGCUACUUACGAACCGGUAGCCAGAGUCCCACUUCCAGAGAAAGACCGCUACAGCUACCCGAAAGCAAGCUACUCGCAAUUGCCCCCAUGAAGGAUUCUCAAAGAAGUGCGGAGUCUUUGAGAUCUUUGAGUCCCGGAUCAGACAACGUGUUUUUGAGUGGGAGUCGCGAACAGCUUGAUGAUGACACCCGACCAGCUCUCUGUGUUCAGUGUGGAGAGCGACCAGCGUCUAGGGAAGGCUUGCUACGACCUUCCCCUCCUACUGGCGUGACAGUAGAGCGACGGUUCUCUGACAGAGAGCCUUCAAGGGCUCGCACGGUUGGAUAUCGAGCCAAGUCAGAGGAGAGAAACUCCUUCUCCAAGGACUGGGGGACGACUCCCAUCAGCCUGGAACAAGGAGAUACGCCGCGACACGACAGCGACGACGACGAGAAAGGCGUAUAUCUCGACCCAUACCGACACUGCCCCUGGCUCUAUGUUACUUCCAGCGACGAGGCUAAGGUUUGGUGUCGUGACGAGGGUUCACCUAGCCCCAUUCCUCCCCACAUCAGAAUACCUGGCUUCGAGGACGACCCCGAAGCCGACACUGUACUUGACUCCAGGCCAGGCUCCAGGCAGGACACUUUGAAAGAUAGGGUGGAAGAGAGCGGACAGGACAUUACGCAAGACUCCAUAAAGACCACUGUGCAUGAGACUAUAAAGACCACGGUUCAGGAGACUAUGCAAGCUCAGCCGGACACCAGAAUCACCAUAGAGAACGGAGAUAAACAGAAAGAUACAAGUAGACGAGGGUCGAUGGAGUCGACGUGUAGCGAGAAAGAGUUCCGACGGCGGUACCAAGCCAUUACUCACCGCAUGGUCCAUCGUAAAGCCUCGGUGGAGAUGUAUCAGCGACUGGUGCAGGCCGCCUUCCACUCGGACAAGACGGUGACGGUGAGUCGGGAGUCGGGAGAGUUCGGCUUUCGGAUCCACGGUUCCCGACCGGUGGUGGUAUCGGCCAUUGAACCCGACACCCCAGCCGAAACCUCCGGUCUGGAGGUGGGAGAUAUCAUCAUCAACAUCAACGGUGCUAAUGUACUCGACGCCUCCCACUCUGAGGUGGUCAGACUCGCCCAUGCUGGGUGUGACACACUGCGGCUUGAGGUGGCUCGGACGUGCGACGUGUUGACACCUUUGGUUACCCACGACCCCACACCACUGUGUGCUGGCUACCUCUACAAGCUGGGUGGUGCCCACCACACUCCUGGCUCCUCCACCAUUAUCAGGAAGUGGCACAGACGCUGGUUUGCCCUCAAGAGAGAUCACUGCCUUUAUUACUACAAGUCAGAAAUGGAGCAACAUCCAUUAGGUGCUGUACAUCUCUUGGACUACAGCGUCCACGCCCUGCCCGAGGUGGGCAAACCUUUCUCCUUCACCGUGGCCAAGUUAGGAGGGAUGACCCUACACCUUGCUGCUCACACUGAGGAUGCCCGCAACCGCUGGGGUCAGGUCAUCACACAAGCAGCACUAGAAGCUGCUCAGAGGGAUGAACUGAUGGAAAUCUCCUCCCGUCGUAUACAACAGCCUCCAGCAUCCAUAGCGUCUCCAGACUGCUUUGGUUUCCUGCAUAAGCUUGGUGCUCGGUGGCACCAGUGGAAGCGGCGCUACUGUGUGCUCAAGGAUGCCUGCCUCUACCUCUACCACGACACCGAGGCUACGCAAGCCAUAGGUGUGGUUCAUCUGCACGGGUACAGGGUGCAGAGCACCAGCAUAGGUGGAAAGAAACAUGCCUUCGAACUCCUGCCUCCAGAACCCAAAUUUAGACACUUCUACUUCUACACUGAAUCUGACAGUGACAAAAAGAGAUGGUUAGCAGCCUUAGAAUAUUCCAUAGACAGAUGGAUUAAAGUGGGCUGAAUCAAGUUUUCCUAAUGGCAUAGAGGACUGGGAUGUGGUCUAGUUUUGAGUCUUCAAUAUAACUAGAAAAUGACUUCAAAUGUUAUUUAUGCUGCUGACUGGAAGCAAGGUCAAGCACAAAGACACUACUCAAAAUUGUGAUAGCGUUGAGAAGAAGCCAAUCAAAGUUUCUCAUUUAGAAACGGUUUUGCUUCGCAGUUUUGCAAGGGAUUUUUUCAGCAUUCAAUCAAACAGCCAACUUGUGAAAUACCUUUUUAAAUUUAUAUUUAAGGCUCAAAGUUUGAAGUGGUAUCACAUCAAUCAGCAAUACAAGAGAUAGUCAUAAAUAUAGACCAGAAUAGCAAAAAAAAUGCUUGGUGUAUUUUUCUUAAAGACAAUGUUAUGGACGUGUUGUUUAAGUUUGGUCAAAUUUUUUAGUUUAGAAUACUGCCAUAGGUUAGUGCUGAGGGUUGUUCAUAAAUGAAUUCAGAGACUAAAUGGCCAAAAACUGUAAAUUGUAUUUGACUUUUUUACAGUAUAAUGACAAUGACCCCCCCCCUAUGACAAUAUCUUAUUUAAAGUGUCAACAUAAUGCUAAACUUGACAUUGAAAGGUAACAAGUACAUACAGUACAUGCAAAUGAAUUUUGAGCAGUGGAUAAUGGUUUGAAGUUGAUUUCAGAGAGUUUAACAUUUACUGAAUCUGUUAAACAAAAAAAAAAUAAUAUUUUGUUAUACACCAUUCUCUCUCUUUCGAGAACCAUUUAUUACCCACAUGUUGUUCCAGGGUUCAUAAAUUAAUGUACGAGUUAUGAACUUUGUACUAGAGACACUGAUCUCAUCACACUAAUUUUUUUUUUCUGAAUACUUUUUCACCCCAUCACUUUCUAGCUAAACUGAUUAUAUCUUUUGUUGUUGUUUUAAUUUAUUUUUGAACUGGUUUUCCUAAGAGACGAGUAUAUAUUUUUCCUUACCCCCAUAUGUGUGCACUUUAUCCUGUAUAAGGAAUCGGGUGUUACAUGGUUACUAUGCAUAGUU